AAGGGAAUAACCCAAUUGCUGCCAAUCCAGCCUCACCUCAUCGUCGUGGUGUCCUUGUGCCCGUUAAUCUUGUUCAAGAUGACACUUUGAGUCAAACAGGACCAAGUGAAAUNAAUCUUGUUCAAGAUGACACUUUGAGUCAAACAGGACCAAGUGAAAUGACACCUGACGUCUUUGUGGCAGAUAGUUGCCACAAAAGCAACGUGAAGAAGUUCAAGUGGAAGAAGUUGUUUCGUAUCAAAAGGGUUAGUGAUGAAUCUGUGAACAAACCACCUGCUGCUGCCGCCGCUGCUGUGAAGCUGCCUGUCAAAAUGAUUAUGAAACGGGUUGGGGAGCUGGUGGUGAAGGAGUACGUAAAGAAGGCAUUGACUGAUUUGUUGCCAUCAUGGAUACGACAUGGAUGGCAAGAAGAGCACACAAUAGGAACUAACUUGAAUUGA